GCGCUUACGCUCCAUUUCCGCCCCCAGCCAGGGCGGGCAUUUCUUGAGUCCGGUUUCACCUGUCCAUCGUCGCAGUAUAUUAUAUUGACUGCAGUUGGUGGGCAUCCUCGCAUAGUAGCCCAACAGCGCAAGCAGCGGCGCAGACCCCCCCUUUUAGCGUAGCCGAGAACUCACGACACAAAGGCCACAAGCCCCCAGGACGAAAGUGAAAGCCGAAACUGUUUCUCUCGAGCAGCGAGUCUCACGAUUUUCGCGUUUUUCGAGGUGUUUAUCAGGGGUUACCCCCAUAGGCACAUAGCCAUGGCGACGACUAUACCGCAACCCCUGAAAGCUCAGAUACCCGUCACUCCUCCUCCCGAUCUCCAAAUGUUUACCAAGGCACCUUCGGGCAUACCGCAACAAGCGAGCAGUUUCAAACCCGCAGAAGAAUUCACAUCAACAGCAGCAGCAGCAGCAGCAGCAGCAACAACAACAACAACAACGCAGCAACCCUGUCCCCCAACCCAAUCCCAAAAGCAACCACCCAACCCGACAACAGGUUCCGUCCCGAACCCCUUCCACAUCCCCGACCUCCUGAAAUUUCCACCCGGCCCAACCGCAGCCGGAACUGCAGCCGCAGCCGCAGCGCUAACCUCGGGCUCGGGCUCGGCCUCCGCGGCAACCGCCGCCGCCGGCGCUGCUGCGGGGUGGGACCCGCGGUACGUGGCCAUGGCGUCGCGCAUCGCCAGCUACUACCAGCAGCGGUGCCAGGCCGUGGCCAACUUCCAGCAGCAGCGGUGCCAGGCGUGGGCGACGGCGCAGCGCCAAAAGUGCCAGGAGAUGAUGCAGGCCGCCAUGGUCAUCGUGGCCUGGUACAUCCGGGACCGCAUCACGCGCCGCCGAAAGCGCCGCCGGCGGCAAUUCAGGCGGGGGCUGGCGCAAAAGGCCGCUUUGGCUCAGGCUGCUCCUCCUGUUUCUUCGUAUCGGAAUCGCGGUGGUGGAGGUGGAGGUGGUGCUGCGGUGGCCAGGGAUGGGGGGAGAAUCACAAAGGGCGAGGCGGUCCGUCGCUGGGUCAUGAAUGUCCCCCUAUCGGGCGCCGCGUCGCCUACUACGGCAACCCGGGAAUUGCCGGCGGACAAGGACGAGGUGGACUUUGAUGUCGAUCGCGAGGUGCCUGCCGACAAGGAUAGCCAGCUGUUCAACGUGGCGGAUAAUCUCAUCAAGAGCCACCUGGCGAGGAUCGACGUGCCGCUUCUGGGGGUGUUGUCGUUUGAUGAGAGUGAGAGCGAGAGCGAAAGCGAGGAGGAGGAGGAUAUGAUGGACUACGAUGAGGAUGGGGAAGAUGUGGAGGAGGAUGUGGAGGAAGAGGACUACGAGGACGACGAGGGCGGCGAAAGCAAGGACGAUGAUGAGCGUGAGGUUCAUGAUUCCGGCGGGGAAAAGGGAGGGCUCACUUCCAUUUCCAAGGACGCGCAAUUGGGAACUACGAAACACUCGAGGAGUUCGGUCUCAUGAUGGGUUGGAUAGGGGCACUGGAUUUACGGCUUUGCUCGGCAAUGG